GCGCCAUCCCGCCAUGCUAAAUUUAGGGCACUCGCUGGUUCGAAUUCUGAGCACCCCUGCGCUGGGCAGCCGCCGUCCUCCUAAAUCCGCAAUACAUUUCAAGUUCUCAAUCGAUUAGCUUUAUGUUUCGUGUAAUCACUAAUGGCUUUAGGACAUUACUACAUUUUUUGUUGCGCAGGUCGAUCCUCUUAAGCUUUGUUUCAUAAAUUUUUACUGUUAUAUUAUGUCUCAAUGCUGUAAAAUUUGUUGCUUUAGCACGGGAUAUAGACGAAUAUAUAGGAGCGGGAAGUGUUCAAUGGCUCUUCAAUUUGAGAUUAUAGGGAGGUUUAAUCGUGCCCGAGCAGCUCAUCUCACACUCCCUCAUUAUGUUUGCCAAACGCCUCUAUUUAUGCCAGUUGGAACACAAGGGACUGUAAAAGGCUUGACAAACAACCAGCUCGAGGAUAUUGGUUGCCAAAUAAUACUUGGAAACACCUACCAUCUGGAACUACGUCCUACCUCUCAACUUCUUGAUGAGCUUGGGGGACUGCACAAAUUUAUGAACUGGCCAAGGGCUAUGCUGACCGAUUCUGGAGGCUUUCAAAUGGUCUCUUUAUUGCAUUUGGCUGAUAUUACUGAAGAAGGUGUAACUUUUCAGUCUCCAGUGGAUGGAAAACCAAUGCUUCUUACACCUGAAGAGUCAAUACACAUACAAAACAGAAUUGGAGCUGAUAUUAUUAUGGCUCUCGAUGAUGUCGUAAAAACCACAACCACAGGUCCAAGAAUUGAGGAAGCAAUGUAUCGAACUCUUCGCUGGAUAGACAGGUGCAUUGCAGCUCACAAAAGACCACUUGAGCAGAAUCUGUUUGGCAUUGUCCAAGGCGGUGUAGAUCCAGUGCUAAGAGAUAUCUGUGUCAAGGGUCUGGUGGAUCGUGAUUUGCCUGGAUGCAUUGGGAUUUCAAAGGUAAUCAAUGCAAACUUACCUUAUAAAAACUGACAAAAGCAAGAAUGUGGCAUUCACGCUAUGCUAUUGGUGGUCUUGCGGGUGGUGAAGAUAAAGACUCUUUUUGGCGUGUUGUGGCCCAGUGUACCGCCGCAUUGCCUGAGGAUAAACCACGAUAUGUCAUGGGUGUUGGGUACCCUUUGGAUAUUGUAGUUUGCAGUGCUUUGGGUGCUGACAUGUAUGACUGUGUCUAUCCUACUCGCACUGCUCGGUUUGGCACAGCCCUAGUGCCUGAGGGAGUUUUGAAGCUUAAACACCAAGCAAUGGCUAAUGACAUCCGUCCAAUUGAUGCUACAUGUGAUUGUAUGGUAUGCAAAACAUAUACAAGGGCUUAUAUUCAUUCCCUUGUCACGAAAGAUGCAAUGGGUUCUCAGCUUUUGUCAUAUCAUAAUUUGUAUUACAUGAUGAAGCUUAGCAGAGAUCUACACUUUUCAAUUCUUGAAGGACGCUUUCCAGCAUAUGUAUGUCAGUUUCUGCAGAAAAUGUUCCCCAGAGGAGAUGUUCCAGAGUGGGUCUGCAAUGCCAUGGAGGUUGCUGGAGUUGAUAUCUCUUCCUGCUGUCAACCAAUUUCAUCAACAUCUGUAACAAGGCAGGCCAAUACAUAAAAGAUAGUAACACUAACAAAGUUGUUUGUUUUUUUAGUGCUACUGAUUACCCCCUUUUCUUAUUAUAGCCUUUCGUCUAGGUUUACAUAGAUUUAGACACUAACAACAAACACAGGGAGCAGUUUUUUGGUUGUUUCCAGAGACACAGGGAAUAGAAAAGGUAGAGAUUAAAUUACACAUCUCGGGAAUAUUUUGAUGUUACAGAUAUAAAACAACAAUUUUUGGGACGGCAAUUAUGAUCCUUGGUUCUAAACUUCUAAUUAAAGCACACCCUGUGGGCU